UUUAGUUAUUUUAUAUUAGCAGUAUGGAGAAGUCUGGUGAUGAGUCAGAUCUUGAAUUUGUGGAUGUGGGUGAAGCAUGCGAAGGUGUAAUUGAUGGACCACCAAGUUUUGAAGAAGAAUUAGAUCCUUCUGAAUCAGUUACCAAAUGAGAAGGAUUCAGUUUAAAACUGAGCCAAUUGAUUAACACAAAUCAUGAUGUGCAACUGAGCAAAAGUCAGAGCCACCAAGUUAGUUUGAACAACAAGGACUCUAUGAUAGAGAAGGCGGAAGGGAAAGUUCAGAGGUUUUUGGAUGACCCUGAAGAAGAGAAAGCAGAGUCCUUUGAUAGCGAGGAUAUUGAUAAAAUUGAGGCAGAAAGUGAAGAGGAAGCUAGCCCUACUUUUGGGUCUAUUGAAGAGAAUUUUACUGGUGUUGAAUCUCAAAAUUUUGGGAAAGAAUUACCAAGUUUUUUUGUUGAGAAUCAAGCAGAAAAGCUGAUUUUUCCUCUUAGUGAUGUUAAGGCUAUUGAUAAUAAUGAAGGAAAACUCUAUACAGGCACUAUUUUAGUGACGAGAUACAAAAUUGUAUUCAUGCCAAAAGAUGAUAACGAAGAUAACUACGACUAUAUUUCAGGGCCUGUGCAGGAUGGAACAUAUAACUCAGCCUGUGAUUCUUUUGAGAAGAUCCAAAGAGAGGUUGUUCCUACAUAUAAAAAGAGGUUCUUUAAUAUUCCUGUUCAUAUGCUGCGAAGAGUAUAUUUUGAUUAUGAAAAAUAGCAACAUUCACCAUGCAUAUGUCUGAAUAGAGACGAAGGAUUAUAGGGAGAUGAGAUUCAUAGUCCAAGAUCAUAAUGAGGCCAAAAGGCAAUGAGACAAAAUAAAAAAGGUUGCUUUUCCAAAUAUUUUGUGUAAAGACGUCUUCGCACUGAAGUACUUAUACGAAAAUAUUACUAGAGAUGGUUUCUUCCAAUCGAAGCUGAACCUCCCUCUUGAUGGCUGGGACAUUUAUGACAUGAAAAAGGAAUAUAUGAGGCAAGGUGUUGAUGAAACUAGUCAAAAAUUUAGGGCUAUCAGCUGUUGGGAUCUUGCAGAUGCCAGUAAUAUCUGUGAGACAUAUCCUGAAUAUGUCUUCAUUCCAAAAUUAAUGAGCAGGAUGAAGAUGACUAAGUGAGCCAAAUUUAGGGCCAAAAGAAGAUUUCCUGCCUUAAGCUACUUUUAUAAAGAAAAAGGCUCAUCUUUAUGGAGGAGUGCACAAAAUAAUACAGGCUUAUUAUACAAGAGAUGAACUGAAGAUGAAGAAAUGCUCAAGUAUAUUGGAUUAGCGAAUGAGUAUACCCCCACAGUGAGCAUCUAUGAUGCUAGAUCAAGUGUCAAGGCGAUGUCUAAUAAAUUUAAAGGCGGUGGUUAUGAAAAUACAGAUUAUUAUAAGAACUGCUUGAUUAGAUUUUGAGGAAUUGAAAAUAUUUUUGCAGUAGAAUCUGCAUUUGAGAAGAUGUGGUUUGCUUUAAAAUCAAAUAAAACGUUGCAGAAUAAUCAGACAAUAUAUUCAGCUAUUGAGAGUUCAAAUUGGUAUAACUUAAUAAGCACAAUUCUAGAGAGUGCAAAUCAGAUAGUAGACGAUAUGCACAUAAGCAAAAAAUCAGUUCUUGUCCAUUGAAGUGAUGGAUGGGAUAGGACAGCUCAAAUGGCUGGGCUUGCUCAGAUCAUGCUAGACCCUUAUUCUCGUACAAUUGAGGGAUUCGAAGUCAUAAUCGAGAAAGAGUUCCUCGCAUUUGGACACUCUUUUGACCAUCGACUCGGAACUCUUUGUGAUGAAAAGCAUAAAAAUAAAAAGAGAUCGCCUAUAUUUGUUCAAUUCCUUGAUUGUGUAUAUCAGUGAUUACAACAGAACCCUACUGCAUUCCAAUUCAAUGUGAAUUUCCUUUGUUUUGUAGCAUACCAUGCAUACAGUUGAAAGUUUGGAACUUUUCUACUUGAUAAUCAAAAAUAUCGAAAGAACAAUGAUCUUUCAAAGAAAACUGUGUCUAUCUGGACGUAUAUGAACGACAGAGUUGAGAAGUUCUAUAAUCCAUUCUAUGAUUCCUCAACAACUGGUGUCUUAAAAAUCAGAUCUGAUCCAAUAUCUCUAAUGCUAUGGAGAGAAUACUUCUUGAAAUGGACUUCUCUGUCACAAAUGGGAGAAGAUGAGGACAUCUUUGCUCUCCCUGAUCCUAGAGAAGAUGCCAUGAUGAAAGCUCUAAUGGAAAAGGAGAGGAAUGAGACUGACAGACCUGUUCGAAUUGAUGAUACCACUAAGUCUUAGGUAUUCUCAUAUUAUUUCAAGUUUCUAUUCAUUAGUACUAAA